GGGGUGGUGUGGUCGGCGCCGUCCCAAAGCUCCUCCAAGUACAUAAAAAUAGUAUUCAAUGGGAGACGAUAGUAGUCUAUAUAAAUAGAAAGAUAAAGUGAGUUAGAGAAGCAGAAAGCUCAAGAAAAAAAAAUGAUUUCAUUGUUGUUUCCACGGUCUCCUUUGUGCACAGUAGCCAUACUAUUCUACACAUAUGUGUGCAUUCCUUUAGGGAAGUUGAAGAAUCAGUGUGGAGAAGUUAGAUCGCACGAUGAUGAUGACGGUUAUAAUCUAACCAGUGUGAAGUUCGGAGACAAGGAAAAGAAGGAGGAGGAAGAGAUAUGCUGCUCAAUAUGCCUUAUGGAUUAUGAAGAUGAGGAUGCGGUGACACAUCUUCCAAGAUGUAAUCAUCUCUUCCAUGUCCAUUGCAUUGAACCUUGGCUUCUCCGUGGCAGUCUCACUUGCCCUCUUUGCAGAUCUUUUGUAUUCUCUCGAACUCCUACUCCUCCUACCCACAACAAUGUCAUUAAUGCUCAUUCCUCUUCCACCUUCCAUCUCUCUCUUGUUUCCUUUUUCUUCUUGUUGUUUCUCCAUCAUCUGAUUGAAUACUUGUUGUAGCCUUCAUUCUUUGUUAGCACACUCAUUCUUUUAUAUAUAUUUACAGUGUAUUGUUUUGUC